AUGGAGAUAGACUUGCUACAAAGGAGAAUGGAUGACGUGAUGACCAGCAAACCAAGGAUUGCAGCAUCCGUCCGCUGGUCUGAUCAGAGUGAGUGUGAUUCAAACCUCACAUGGAUCGACAGCACUUGCGAACUGGACGCGCCAGAGGCAUUGUCGACUGGUUGGUACAAUGUCACGUGUCGUGCCAAUCAGAUUGGGAGGAAGCAAGUGUUUGCCGAGGUGUUGGACAAUGCGUCCAAAGUACCGAUAAUUUGCAAACCAGGUCCGUUGGUUUUGAAUAAAAAUGUUGCUCAAAAUGUGGUCCAAUGUGGUAUCCCGGACGAGUGGAAUCUCAAUCAGUCUAUCCAAAAAAGUGCAUAUCGAACGAAGUUUGGUCAAUUGACACUCAAAAUGGCCUAA